AGCGUCUAAGCGUAGCGUGAAAAAGUUUGCUCGUAAAAAGAUUUGCAAUUAUUUAUCUAUAGAAAUGAUAUAUUGCUGGCGGCGCGUAAUAUAACAAUAACACAGCAAAUAAAUAAAGUGUGCAAAAAAAACAACAAAAAAAAGGGAAAAAUAUAACAGCAAGCGAGAAAUAUUUGUGAAUUAUUAUUUGAUUUUUGGUUUUUUCUGUUUUGAGAAAUAUAUAAUAAUGCUAUAUAUUUUAAGCAAAAUACCAAAGUGUCAUUGAGUGAUCAGACGGUGGUAGCGGUCAGUGAUUGUUGCAAAAAUUGUUUCACAAUAACAAAUGGGGGAAACAACAAAAGAACCAUGUCAAGCGCAGAAAUAAAUUGGCAUAGAAACUCGCAAUAUUAAACUUUAUCAAUUGAACAAUAAAAUUUACAUUGGUAUCAAUAAUCAAUGCUGUUUGUUUUACUUUUAUUUCUCAAACGAUGUGACAUUUUCACGUGAUUGUCAUUAAAUAGCGCGCUCGCCUUCUCUUCGACAACCUGUCCACACCACAUCCCACACAUUUGACCGCAAGUAAUUUAUUUCCAAUGGAGAAAAUAAAAAAAACAACAAACAAGUGCACACAAUCAACGGUAGAUAAGGCAGGCAGGCAGCAAUAAAAAUAAACAACAAAUUUCAAGUGUUAAAUAUUCUCUUCUUUUUUGCGCGUAUGUGUAGAGUAAAAGUAAUUAAAAACGGAAAACGGCAAUUUGUUGCUGGUAAUAACUGUAGUGUGCGUCUGUGCGUUUGUUUGGUGUUUUAAUUUUUUUUGUUCUUACUUCUUUUGUGCUUUUGCCUGCACUCUUCACAUUUUAACUAUGAAUUGGCAGAUCUGUGCGUUGACUACUCGAUGGAGCUGCCUAUGAAGCAGCAACUCAAUUCCGUCAGUCAGUCAGUCAAUCACCUGCGUGCAGCAAUCAAUUCUGUGUCGCAGCACCGGGCUGCGUUUCAUUGUUCCAUGCUGCUACUGCUGCUGCUGUUGUUGACCUGCGUUUGCAAGUGAAGCCGUUGAAGUCGUGGUACUGUGCAAUUUGUAAGCAUAGCCGGCGAAGUGUAUUCAACAGAAAAAAUAAAUAAUAAAAAAAAAACAACAAGAACAAAUGAAAAAUACAACAAAAGUUAAAGUUGAAAAUUUCACUCAUCUACUGUCUUUUACCGGAGUCAGCAAAUGUUAACAUCCAAGCUAAAUAUUUCCAACUACAUCACCAUAACGCAACUUGUGGAGCACAAAAGCGAAACGAAAUGACAAUAUAAGACUGAACUUAACAAAACAAAUACAAAAACGAGAUCGCAAGCAAAGUGUAAGGAACGUGUGACCAAACAAAAUAAUUAAGUCACAGAGACGACGAAUGUAUGAAUUCUACAAACGAUUAGACUACGAGUAGAUUGACAAGUUGGUGAUUGCGCAUGCGCACCGCUAGUAUGUGAGUAAUCCGCCGCAUAGUGGGUAGCACUAGGCCAGGAACGGCGCUGCAAAUAAGCGGUCAAACCAGCAAAACUUGCCACUGAAACAAACACACAAAAAAGCAACAAAAGUAGAACAAAUUAUUUUAAUUAAUUGCAAAUUCUAUGCAAUACCGCCACAAAAAAAACAUCUAACAAAAGCUUUCAGCAACAUAAAAGCCAACCGCGCGCUGAAAGCGAAAUCAGUAUGAAGCGAUUUGCAUUUGUUUUUUAACGUCUCCUCAACACGCACUCACACAUAUAUUAACGUACACUUACACAAGUAUAUACAGUAAACCAAAAUUUACAUAUCAACGCGUCAGCGUGCGCUUCAAAGGCGAAGAUAAGCAAUAAAUAUUCAACAGCAACUCCCAAUUAGCCAGCAAAGAUGGUCAAGGGCAUUCUAGUGAAUCGCAAGGCGGAUGACUCGCACAAGGCGCAACUGAAAAUGGAGCAUGCCGACCUAGUCGCCGAGAUGCAGACGGUGGAAAAUCUACCAACGCAUGAACGACUACAGUUGGCGCGUCUCCGCCGCGCACAACAGCUAAAGGUCGCGCGUCAAAAGGAGAAGGAAUGGCUAAAAUUACAACGCGCCAAAGGUAAUGCGACCUCGGCGCUCAACAACAGCCAUACGACACACCAUUUCCGUUCCAGCUCUAGCAGCGGCAGUCGGCAUAUAUCCUUUGAAAGCAGCGUGGUACUGCUGGAGGCGGCCAGUCGUAAUGAUAUGCAUGAAGUGGCCGAGCUGUUGGAGCGUGGCAUUACGCCAGAUGCGGCGAAUGAGGAUGGCUUGACGGCGUUGCAUCAAUGUUGCAUCGAUAAUAAUGUGGAGAUGUUGCAGCUGUUGUUGGAGUAUGGUGCGAAUGUGGAUGCGCAGGAUAGUGACAAGUGGACACCGUUGCAUGCGGCAGCGACAUGCGGCCACUUGGAGUUGGUGCGCAUACUAAUCGAUCAUGGUGCGAAUUUGCUGGCGGUGAAUACGGAUGGCAAUAUGCCGUAUGAUCUGUGCGACGAUGAGAAUACAUUGGACUACAUUGAGGCUGAGAUGUCAAAGCGUGGCGUGACGCAGGAGCUGAUUGAUGAGACGCGUUCGUCGACGGAACGUCAAAUGUUGAAGGAUUUAAUGGAGGUGGCGCGAACCGGUGGCGAUUUGGAGGAGCCGGAUAACCAGGGCGCGACACCACUGCACAUAGCCGCGGCGAAUGGUUAUGUGCGCGUGGUGGAGUUCCUGCUGGAGAUGCACGUCAAUGUAGAUGCUGUGGAUAAGGAUAUGUGGUCACCAGUGCACGCGGCAGCGUGUUGGGGGCAUUUGGAGGUGCUGGAGAUGCUUGCGCAAUGCGGUGCUGAUCUGAAUGCUAAAAACAAAGACGAUGAAACGCCUUCAGACAUUUGCGAGGAUCCCGAGAUACGAGAACGCAUUGAACAGUUGAAGACAGAGCAGGAGAGCAAACGUCUGGCAGAGGCGCAACGUCGCCGUGUGCGCCGUUCACAAAGCAACAAUACGCGCGCGCAAUCGGUGCGUCGCACUUCGCUGCGCGACAAAACGCUAACAACCAAAAAAGACGCCGUCGAAGAGGCACGUCUACGUUUGCAAGCACAAGAAGUGUUCAUUGCACCGGAUAGUGUGACGCUCUCCGAUGCGAAUGGACUUAGCAACAACACUACCAAUCAUCAUUCCACGUUGGCGCUACUGGAUGGCGUCAACGACACAACAGCCGCAACAACAACAUCCGCCUCGACAAACGACUACAAUUGGCUAACGAAAGUGCCAACAAAUAAUAACAACAACCCCAACAAUAAUAAUAACAAUACGAUUAGUACUAAUAACAACAACGAUAAGAAAAUUGCAGCCUACACUGCUGCGACGGCGACAGCGAGCACGACAACGACAAAUGGCAGUGCCAACUCAUAUCUGCCACACUCACUGUCCGCCAUCGAUGUUAUGGACGCUUCAUCGCAUACGUAUAAUUCUCGUCGACCACCAGAAGGUCGCGAGAAUGAUGAAUUGCAAUUGAACGCCUAUAAAGCGAGUGGUGAACAUCAUCGUUCCACAUCGGCGACCGCGAUGAUUGUCAGCGAUCGUAAUAUGGCGGCGGCAGCUACAUCGACCGCUGGGCCGGAUGCAGUGCACAUACAGUCCAGCAAGGAGGCGGCGAAUGGCAAGAUAAAUGUGCAAGUGACGGUGCUAGUGGACACCACAAAUACCCAUCAGCAUCAACAACAACAGCAACAACAACUAAGUCAACUGCAAAUGCCUAAUACGGCUAUGUCGGCCACGCUUAUCCAACCACAUACACUCUCUUUGGAGAGCCUCAAUUCUGCCUCCGCUUCUUAUGCCGCAGCCACAUUGGCAAAUUUGAAGAAGCAACGUUCACUUUCGCGCACAAACAAUGUAUUGAUUAGUGAAAAUGGUUCUGUUCUAGGAGCCGCCAACAACACCAGCAACACGAUCAACAACCAUCUGCAUGCUGGCAGCACCAACAACAACAAUUUAAUACUUGCUGGCGAAACUACAGGCGGUGGUGCAGUGCAUCAACAACCCCUCAGCGGUGGUCUACAUCCUAGUCUUUUGGAGUUCAAUGGCGCCGGCAAUGGUGGCGGUGGUGGUGGUGGCGGUAGCAUAACAAGUGGUGGUGAACAGUCGACAGCUUACUCGAACGCUGCAGCGAUGAAUAAGUUCAGCGGCAUAACGGGCGAUGUUGUUAGUGAUAGUACGCGUUCCAAGAAAUGCUGUACGCUAAUGUGAAUGCAAAUGCGCACGAGUGGGUGGAGGAGCAGAGGGAGCAGUACGGUGAUGAGAGCAGCAUUUGUAAUGGGUUUACGUUGCAUGUGAAAUACGAAUGUAUGUAUGUAGGUAUGUAUGUACAAGUAGCUGGCAGCUCGAGUGCAGCAGCGUGGCACAAUGCAGUAUUUGCUGUCAAAUCAAUUUGAACUAACAGGGUAUUAACUAAUCAGUGCGUAUUUAAAGUUUGUUGCACUGCAAACACACACACACACACACACACACAAAAUUAAGCAGAAAUUACACUUUUUAAAUGUAAACACAAUUCAUCGCACACCAACCAAUUCGAUCGAAUGCUGCUGCGCUGCGCGCGCACGCACAAUGGAAUAUGGCAACCACAAGGUUUGGUUGUAGCAACCGGUGUUGGAGUGGGACGAAAAAUGCAAAUGUUUAAAAAAUGAGAAUAGUUAUAUAUAGAUAUAUGAAUUUGGUAAGUAUUUAAGGUUACCUGAAUUGCAAAAAGUAAAACCCAAAAAAAUUUUUUUAUAGAAGAUUAUAAAAAUGCCAUAAAAUAAAGAUUUAUUUCGGAAAGGAAAUUCCUUUUUGGUAAUUUUUCAUUAAACUCCAAAGCCGAAUUACCGCUUAAUAAUACAUAAAAUGUGGCCGAAUGAGUUGGUGCGUGGUUACCAUUCGGAAGUUCACAGGCUCGAAACCCUGAACACGAAACACCAAAUCAUAGAAAAAUAUUUUACUAAUGGCAAACGGCCGAAUGUAUUUAUGCCAUGAAAAAGCGCCUCACAAAAAAAAAAAAAAAAAUUAUCUGCCGUUCGGAGGUGGCAUAAAACAGUAGGUCCUUCCAUUUGUAGAAAAAUAUCAAGACGCACGCCACAAAUAGGAGGAGGAACUCGGCCACACAUCCAGCCAACUAUAUAUAGGGUUUUUCAGUAAGAGCGCUUCAACUUUUGAACUUUUUUGAAUAAAACACAAACGGUUUGACUUUUUUAACAAUUUUUUUUUUUU